GAAAACAAAAGGGUUCUACUCCUAUUGAAUUUAAAAUACUUGUGUAAACCUCUUUUACAGAGUUUUCCAUCUGAUGAGGGCUGGCCAUUUGCAAAAUACCUUGGAGCAUGCGGGAGAAUGGUAGCUGUAAAUUAUGUUGGUGAAGAAUUAUGGAGCUACUUCAACGCACCCUGGGAAAAACGUGUAGAUUUGGCUUGGCAGUUAAUGGAAAUAGCAGAGCAGCUUACCAACAAUGACUUUGAAUUUGCACUCUACCUCCUAGAUGUCAGUUUUGACAACUUUGCAGUUGGUCCUAGAGAUGGAAAAGUAAUCAUUGUAGAUGCUGAAAAUGUUUUGGUUGCCGACAAAAAAUUAAUUAGGCAAAAUAAACCUGAAAACUGGGAUGUAUGGUAUGAAAGCAAGUUUGAUGACUGUGAUAAAGAAGCUUGCUUAUCAUUUUCAAAAGAAAUUCUUUGUUCUCGUGCCACUGUGGAUCACAAUUACUAUGCUAUUUGUCAGAACCUCUUGUCUAGACAUGCCACUUGGCGUGGCACUUCUGGAGGACUACUUCAUGACCCACCAGGCGAAAUUGCCAAAGAUGGCCGAUUAGAGGCCUUGCUUGAUGAGUGUGCCCACCCAAAGAAGCGAUUUGGCCGAUUCCAAGCUGCAAAAGAACUGCGGGAAUAUUUAGCACAAUUGAGUAACAAUGGGAGGUAG